AUGUUUCUGUCUCUGUUAACAUCGAUUAUUUUUAUUCCACCAGUCUCUUUGGCAGGACCAUUCUGUUCUGCCUCUGGAAAAACUUCCCAUAGGGCUUCACCAGCACAGUCAGCUUACAGUCAGCCCUUGCCUAUUACCAUACCAGUGUAUGGACUUUACCACCUUUGGACUUAG